CGAAUGUUCAAAUCUCAUACGGUACCGCAAGCGCUUCUGUGGGAGUCAGCAACCAUAGCCAAUCUGGCGAAGAAUCCAACAAAUUUUCCCGAAUUCCUUCGAGAGGAGACGCUGGCAACCUUGCACGAAAUAUCAAAUUCUGUUUGGAAUGAAGUGCGGCUUAACGCUGCCUGGACGUUCGUUUUCCUUUCGCUUCACAAGGCUUUCCACAAGCAGGCGACAGGCCGUUGGGCAGCGUGGGUUCGUGACGUGUUGACCAUUGGAAUCUGCUCCGAGGACGGAAUGACAAGCAACAUCACAGAGCUGUUUUUCGCUAAUGUUACUGGCAAACGGACAACUCAGAGCUACGAGGCACCGGCUAUCCGCAAAUACCUACACAGUCUUCACCUGACUGAUGACGUCGUGCGCGAGCAGGCCCAGGCAUUUUUGACGAGUCUCGCAAGCACGUAUUCAAAACAUAUUAUUGACUCCUUGCUAAUACUUUGUUCAAUUCCACAUGACGGUUCUGUUGCUCGAGAUGCCUUGGCGGCGCUUGCUACUCUUUUGAAUGACCCGGACACAUCGGAUCUGGCAGUCGCCCAUGAGGCUUACCUCCCUUUCAUGUGCCUGGCUGAUCGACCAGACGAGGAUAUUCAGCUUCUCUGCGCUCGAAUGCUUGUGAAACUCAUUUCUGAUCAGAGGAGUUUUGUCAAAUAUGAGGAAUUGGAACCAGUGGCUGUCUUGCUGUACUUGUGUGACUCGACGAACGAUGCGGUUCAAGAAUGCGCCUUCAACGGGCUCUGGAUCGCUAUGGAGAUGGCGCGUCGUAGCCCGGAGGAACUCGCAAUUCCUGUUUUGCGCUGUUGCAGAGAAGACGAACCAGGGGACAGACUUCACAGCUCAUAUCGGGACUCUGUGACACUCGCAGAUGGGAUGUUCGCUAAGCAUCGUUCAAGGGCUGUAUUGACAAACCAGUUCUUCGGCCUCCAGUGUCUGUGUGCCCUUUGCUAUGACGCUUCAGCGUCUGUCCAGGGACGUUUGGCGUAUAAAAUUGAAUCCUUUACUGAAGACACAUGCAAUCUCGAACUGAUGGAUGAUAUCUGUAUUCGCGCACUAGCGCACAGCCUGAUGGCUCUUGGACGAUCUAUGGUCGAUUCUGUCAAGGCCAGUGUUGUGUCAGCUUUUACAAGACUUGUGUCGCACAGUACAAGGAAGCGGUUACCGGAACGAGAGGUAUUUCGUUCUAGCGAUGGAGCCCCCGACAAGCCGACGGCUCCUAGGAGCGACAUCAAGAGCAGCAGAGACCUAAGUGCUGAAUCCGGACUUCGCUUCGCCCAAGCUCGAUUGCCUCUCGACCAAUUCAUGGCCGAUAACUAUACUCAAUGCCUCUGCGAAAUUCUCCUCGACGCAUCCACCAGUCAAUCUCUAAAACAGCAGUGCUUGGCUACGAUUCGUCAGUGUCUGAAGGACCCACUCGUUUGCCAGUACUUAGGGAAAACAGACUUUAUGUCUCGCUUCUUCUCUGCCGAUGUUGUGAUUUCAGCAGAAGACCCAACAGACUUUUACUUCAUGUACUGUCACAUUCUCAGUCACCCAGCCACAGUCGGACAGGUUUCCAACUACAUGGGAAUCCUCGAAAAGCUCUUAAAAGACGUCAAGAGUUACCCGACCCUCGCCCUUCCUCUUGCUCGGCUAUUGCACGCUGCGUGCUUCCUUCCUCACGUUCAAGGCAAGACUCUCCAACCCAAAGAAGAUCAUAAUUAUCCAAAAUGAUAUUCAUCUUACGACCUGACGUAAUCUGCCCGCAUGUGUCGAAACACCGAAUAUAGCUGUCGGUUGGUUGUUCAGCGAGCGUUUCUAGUCGGUCACCUGGAAUAACGGCACUACUUCGUCAACAGUUGGUUCCGACUCCGACUCAAUGCCACUGUGCAAUCCUCCAGGGUGAUUUACUCCAAUCUGCGACAAGUUUGCGAACUGCUUUUCGAUAACGUGAAAACGGGUCUCUGUACGAAGGGACUCAUGUUUCAUGUCCUCAAGUCCCUGACAAGGCUCUCGAAUGUUCCUGGAAGCAAGUUUGGCCCCUCAUGGGUCAAGCUCGAAUUGGUUUAACGUCUCUAUACAGCCACAUUACCUUUGCCAACAGUGACCCGGUGUCUGAAGGACCGGCCACCUACCUCCUCACUCUGUACCAGGUGUGUCACUGUGUCAUUUGUGAAUGCAAAACAAACGGCGCCCAGAUUAGAUAAAUCGUUCCGUUCUUCGCAAUGCCCCACCGUCGAAUUACACGAAGUCAUCGCCCCUGCAAACAGAGGGAAACGGUCUAAGAUUUCAUCUUUGUGGAAAGUUGUUUUUUGGAAGGCACCGAUGACACAAAUUGAAUUGAGAGUUCACUUCCACCAGAAGGCCAUGGUGGCGGUUUGAUCUUUACAUCUCAGGCGCCGUCCAGUUAUGCUUGAUUCCACGUUGAGGAGCAACUAAUACGAUACGAUUUCAUGAUAUAUGCUGCCUUUGCUUGAAAAUGUUGUGUGCACGGCGCCUCAGUCAGCGCUUCGUCGAACAGAGUUUGAUUCCCCGACCACUGCUCCUUGACCUCCUCAAUCUCUUAGAACGAUAUUCAAAGCCGAGCGUUGUCAAA